AUGGAUAUCGAUCAAGACCCUCGAAUCUCCGCCGCAUAUACAACGCGUCUCGACCAAACCCUCCAAGAUCUCCAAGAUCGAGUCAAGGAGCAAGAAGCCGCACUUGCAAAGGUGACUCCGAGCAAAAACCUCAAUUCCCAUAUCUUCCGGGCCAUCACCAGAUCCCAAAACCCACCUCCACCAACUCCGCGCUCUGAAACACGCAUACGACACCCUCUCCACCACACCCCCCUACCUCCCACCCCCAAAUCCAUCCUCCCCGCUCUCCUCGCCCACCGCACCACCACAUCCUGCAUCCAAGAAACCCAAGAAUGCAUAACCACCAGCUCACAUGACCUUUCCACUACCACCACCCUCCUCCAAAAAGAAAAAUCCGACCACCAAGAUGCCCUCUCCAUCCAAUCCGCGCUCCAAUCACGCAUCUCCGCGCUCACAACCCAACUCACGCAACAAACUCAAAAAUCCCCCUCCCAAAUCUUUUUCGAGCUGCAAUCCUCCUUCCAAACAGGCAAAACACACUACGACACCGAGACCGGCAAUCUAAUCCGCGCAUUCAACUCCUUCAUCGAUGCGCAUCUCGCAUCCAUGCUCGCCGCCGAAGAACUCGGCGGCCCCAUCGUAGGCGAAAUGCUCUCCAUCACCCCACAAACCCUCAUCGCCGGUUUCAGCACGCAGGGAAAACCCAAAAAGCCAAAGGAAAACCCAAACAUGGAUAAACGCCAGCGUCGCAUCGACGAAAUCUGGGGUCCCAAACCUUCUCUCGACCAAGACGACGACGACGAAGAAGAAGAAGAAGAAGAAGAAUGGGACGAAACACGUGCCGCCGCAGCAGAAAUGCGCGAAUUGGCCGAACAGCUGUUGAACGGAUUAUUGGAAGCCGAUGAGAGUGGCUCGGGUGGAUAUGUCACGCUCGAGAGAGAUAGUGCGGCGGCGAGAUUCCUGGUCAGGAGCAAAGUUGCGCAGUAUCAUUUCAAGGACGCGAGAAAGUUGAAGCUGGUCGAUUUUGAAAAGGAUAUUGUUUGA